CAAACAAACAUUAAUUAAUAAUAAAAAAAAUAACCACCUCUUUCAAGAUUUAGUCUACAAACAAAAAGCAAUAUGACGUCACAAGAUUUAUGUCACCACGGCAUUAUUAAAACAUUUAAAAUCAUUUUACAAGAAAAGAUCAAGUUUGAAAAAGAUGAAUUAAAGGAUAUUUUAGAUCUAAAUUUCAAGUAUAAUGCUGAAACACCUGAAGUAAUAGAAAGUAAAGUUUUCCCAACAGAACAUAAUUUUCAAAGACUUUGCACAAUCUUGAUGAAAGCCUAUGGAAAAAAACACCAAUACAAUAAUGCAUCAGCAAAUUCCUCAAGAAACUUUCAGGAAAAUGAUUCAAUCUCAUACUUAAAUGAUUCUUUGCAAGUAAAAAUGGAUAGCAAUAUUACAGGAAAUAAAGCCUUUCAGAACUACACAGCUGUAGAAAAUGAAAGAAAUGAACAACAUCAUGAAUUUGAAGAUGGAGAUGAAGAUGUGAUGACUUACUAUCCAAUGCAAAAAAAUAUUUUUGAUGCAGCCCGAAGCUACUUCAGUGAAACAGAGUACUCUUAUUUUUUCAAAGAUGCCAUUGAUCAUGAAUUAAAGUUUACACCUAAGGAUGUGAAAGGAAAAGAACUACUUGUAAAACUUAAAAAUUUAAAGGUAGUACCAAUUGAAGAUGAAAAUGUUGAUGUAGUAACUAGUUUGGUGUCAAAUUAUACAAAAAUUAUCAGACACAAAGAAAAGCUGCUGUUGGUAGGACCCACUGAUGAAGUGAUGUCCAUUCAAAAAAAAGGUAAAGAGCAAUAAAGAGGAAGCUGUGCCCUUUUCAGAUCAUAAAAUCAAUCAAGUCUUUUCUACAACCAAGGGAAAAAUGUUAGGUGGAGUAGCUACAGCUAAAGAACCAAAUGUAAACAGGGUAAUGGAAGGUUCUUAUCAGCAAGAUGAAAAUUAUGAACGAAGGUUAGGGAGCAGGUAUAUAAGGAAUUUAGAUGAAUAUUCUCCUAUAUAUAUUGGCUGCACUGGAGUCGAAAUCAGCGUAUUCAAUGCAGACAUCACUAGACGUGAAGUUGACUGUAUUGUAAGUGCUGCUAACAAACAUUUAAGACAUGGAGGUGGUGUUGCUAGAGUCAUUUCAAAAGCUGCAGGUUAUCGGCUGCAAGAUGAAUGUGAGAGGUAUAUAGAAGAAAAUAAGUCUGUUCAAGUCACUGGAGUGUUUGUAUCCACUGGUGGAGACCUGCCAGCUAAACAUGUCAUACAUGCUGUUGGUCCAAAGUGGGAUGAUUAUGUGGAUAAGAACAAGUGCACAGAUGAUCUGAGAAGAACAGUUCUCACUUGCCUUCUGGAGGCCACAAAAAGGGAAAUGUCAACUAUAGCUUUACCACCUAUUAGUGCAGCUAUAUUUAGAGUCCCACAAGAUCUAUGUGCUGAAGCUUAUAUGCAUGCUGUUAAAAAUUAUGAUGCCCUCGUACAACAUACGAACUUGACAGCUUUGAAAGAAAUUCAUUUUGUUGAUAUAAGUGAUGCCAUGAUUGAUUCUAUUAAAAUAUGUUUCACAAAACAAUGGCAUACGGAGAAAAAAUGUAAGUUCUUUGAAGGAGAUUUAAAUUUUGCUGUUGCUUACAUGAAAAAGCAAAGUCAAGCUUCACAAGUUUCAAGAGAAAACUUGCCCAAGCAAGAUAAAAGAGGAAAGCAGAAUGGUGCUAUUUUUAGCUCACAUACUGAUAAAAUUGGUAAGGCAGCACAUAAAGCAAAGGAAGACAAAAGUGUCCCAUCACAAAAACACCCAAACAGUGAAAGAGUUUCAUCAUCACCCAAUUCUCAGCCUUAUAUGGUUCACUCAAAACCCCACAGGUUCGGGAGUUGGUAUCACUGGUUCGGCGGAGCAAGAAAGUCUGAAGCUGGAAGUGAUGUGCAGUUACCAAUAACAGUUACAAAAGACAGGAGUUGUUCAGGACAGAAUGAAAGCUUAGACAAUUUAAAAUAUUCAUUGUACACAAAGCAAGAUAAAGAUGAAUUAGAGUAUUCAUUCAAGAUAAUGAAUGUAAAUCUGGGUGUUAGCCAUAAACAUGCAUUUGAUUUUAAACCAGAUUUGAUCAUAACAUUGGGCGAUCCACAUGUUAUAUUUAGUGAACACAGCGACUACCACUCAGCAAACCUCUUUAUACUUGACAUGGGUGAAAAGAUAAAUAAUGUACAGUCCCUAAAAUUAAAGAGAUCAAGUUUUGUGUUUCAGCUAGUAGUUGAUGAUGUAAAUCAGAUUUCUUUAACAGAAGCCUUUAAAAACCUGACUCAAGCAGUGAAUAUAAUAAAGGAAAAAGUAAAAUCUAUAGUUUUCACCAGCAACUUCCAUUCUAAGCCUACAGAAACCCAUAACAAAAGUGAGCUUGACCCAACAGUUGCUAGCUUAUUUGCUCAACAUGUCUGUGAAUUCGCCAGUGACGCUGCUAAAGAAACAAGUCCUUUGAGGGCAAUCAUUCUUACCACAAAUAAGCUUGCAAUUCCAUACAUUACUAAAGUGUUUCAAGCAACCAACUUUAGAGUUUCCAGUUCCCUACUAAAAUCUUGA